CACCUCACUUCGCACAGCAAGUACCACGAUCUACGAUGCCUCUGGCGACGAUAGGUAUAGUCUCGAUUGGAGACAUGGGUCUCGGCAUCGCCAAAUUACUCAUGGCCAACGACUACACAGUAACCACGAAUGUAUCUGAUCGGAGUCAAGCUACAAAGAACAGAGCAGCGAACAAUUCGAUCGGCGUUGUGGACUCGGAUCUGGAGCUGGUGAAGACUUGCGACUUCGUCUUCUCCAUUGUUCCUCCUCGGGAUGCCAUUGCAACCGCGAAAAGGAUAUCGCAAGCAGCCUCGGAUGCAGGCUCCGAUGGUCGUACUAGGCCUCUCUACUUCUUCGACUUGAACGCGAUCAGUCCUCGAUCAUGCCGAGAGAUCCAAGACAUUUGCACCCAGACCGCCCCGGAUCUUAAAUUCGUCGACGGAGGUAUAAUUGGAGGGCCUCCAAAGCAGCAAGACGACGGGACAUGGUCCCGGCCUAGCAUUCCGAUGUCAGGACCAUAUCGACUCGACGAAGCACAGCCAAGUGGCAAGCAUCUGUUCGACGCACUCAAUGCGAGGCACAUCAAAGAUACCAUUGGCGCGGCCACGGGCUUGAAGAUGUGCUAUGCAAGUCUUUCGAAAGGCUUCACGGCUUUGACGGUACAAUCUUACACCGCGGCCCAGAAUUUGGGUGUCCUGCAAGAGUUGCAGGCAGAGCUCGAUCCAAGCGUUAGAUCAAGAGCGGAGAGGGGUAUUGUCAGCAUGCCACCGAAAGCAUAUCGUUGGGUGAAUGAGAUGGAGCAGCAGAUCGCCGAGACCUUCGAAGCUGACGGUGGCUUCAGUCGGGAGGAGUCCAUCUUCAGAAGCGUGGCUAGAGUGUAUGAGUUCAUCGCUGAUGGCACAGACCUCGGGAAGGAAGUCACAGAGGACAGACAGCGCGGGAAGACACCAGAAGACUUCGCAGCGUUGGUGACCGAAGGCACCGAGAGACGGAAACUGAAGAAGGAUUAA